UUCGCUUUUUCCCAUCUCCCUCGCUCUCUCUGAAGGAUAUGCGCUUCGAUUUAUCCACAGAAGCUGUUGAAGAAAGAUCGGACGGCUGAGAAAUGUCUGAGGCCAAAGACCCUGCGAUCAAGCUCUUCGGGAAGACGAUCCCGUUGCCGGAUAAUCAGAUGCCGACGGAGUCCGGAGAGAAAUCCAAUCCCAUCCCGAUGCUGGAAUCUGAUGAUGAAAAGGAUGUGCAUGGAGAAACAACACAUGAAGAGGAGGAGGAUCAAAUGGUGGGUCCUCCAGAAGAGGCGGAUGAGCCAGCUAGCUUUUCUGGCAUGAAUUGUGGCAAGGAAGAUGACCACCGAGUUCCAUCCCGGGAUAACAAAGCAACAGCAGAUCCCAAGCCUGAGGAAGACCAGACAGAAACUGAUGAUGGAAGUGGCCAAGAUAAGGUUCUCAAGAAGCCCACUAAAAUCCUCCCGUGCCCUCGAUGCAACAGCUUAGACACGAAAUUCUGUUACUACAACAAUUACAAUGUCAACCAGCCUAGGCACUUCUGCAAGAAUUGCCAGAGAUACUGGACAGCUGGGGGUACAAUGAGAAAUGUCCCUGUGGGUGCUGGGCGACGGAAGAAUAAGCACUCAGCCUCACAUUACCGUCACAUAGUGAUGUCCUCUGAUGGGGUACCUGCUGCUCGGGUCGACUCCUCUGGUGCUGCCCAUCACCAGGUUCUAUCUUGUGGGCUUACAGAUCCUACUCGGUCUCACAAGGGCAAUGGGACAGUCCUAAAGUUUGGCCCGGACACGCCGCUUUGCGAAUCCAUGGCUACCGUGCUGAAUCUUGGAGAGCAGACGAGAAAUGUUGAGAUGGGCACCGUGGCUUGCGGUGAAAACAAAGAGGAACCCUCAUGCGGGUCCUGUGUGACAGGCUCUGCUUGCUUGGAAAAUGAAUUGCCUAAAAAUGCAGGUCAGACAGAGCAAGGAGGCAUCCCGGUCGGUUGUUUUAACGGGCUUCCUCCAACACAUCCUAUGCAGUUGUAUCCUGGGCCUCCUUGGGCAUACCCUUGGAAUCCAGGGUGGAAUAGUAUGGCUGCCAUGGCUGCUGGCCGGUGCUCGUCCGAGCUGGUUUGUGGACCGGAGCAUGGUAACAAUGCCCAACCUUGCCAAUGGAGCUCGCCGCCAAUGGUCGCGGCACCUGCUUUUUGUGCACCGAGCAUCCCUUUUCCAUUUGUGCCUGCCUCCUAUUGGGGCUGCAUGCCUGGCUGGACCUCUGGAGCAUGGAAUGUGCCUUGGGUUGGACCCAAUGGCAACCUAUCACCUUUGUCUUCUACUAGUGAUAGUGGCUCUGGCACUGGCUCUCCAACUUUAGGGAAGCACUCUAGAGAUGUGAAUGUAGAGGGGGAGGAGAAGCAAGAGAAGUGUCUAUGGGUUCCCAAGACACUGAGAAUUGAUGACCCAGAUGAGGCUGCUAGGAGUUCUAUAUGGGCUACGCUAGGUAUUAAGCAUGAUAAGAAUCGGCCCAUAACAAAAGGCGGUAUCUUCAAAGCUUUCCAGCCCAAGGCAGAAGGUAAGAGUCACACAAAGGAUGCCACACAGGUCUUGCAUGCAAAUCCGGCUGCGUUGUCUCGCUCCCAAACAUUCCAAGAGAGCACAUGAGAAGUUUUUGCAGGAACUUUUCCUCCAAAGAGAUUCAAUUCCAAACAGUCAGUUGUAUAAAAGCAUUGGAAGGGAGAAGCCCCUAAUAUGGCAGCGUUCACGCAUUCUUGGUUUAGAGGAUGAUGGGCUUUGCCUGAGAAUCCGUUAGAGAGAAGCUUGAAAUUGCCUGUUUGAGCUUUCUCUUAAGUUGUCAGGAAAAUACGAAUGUUUUUCAACAGUUUCCAUCAGUAGUGUAUCCUGUAAAUAGUAGAGGUAGAGUGAAAAGAGAGAAAUAUUAUUGUUGUUAGCUGCUUAGCUGCUACACUGGAAAUGGGUCAGAACCUUAGUUGCUAGAUUGUUGGCUCUUCCAGCAAUCAACAAUUGCAACUCAAGAGAAAGGGGCCACAGCUUUCAUCUCCCAUCGGUUUCCAAAUCCAUUGCAGUUUAUCAGAUAGGCUGAGAGGCACAGCUUUGGAGACUAUGGUCUGAAUCUCUGAGACCAAUUCCAGAAAAGGUCUCGAUCCAAGUUUUGGUAGGCCCUUCUCUUCUUUCAGUUGAAGAACAUUGGUUCUGAAGUUUGUAUGGAUUUAAAACUCCAUGUUUGAAUUGGUAGUGUUCUUAUUAUUCACUCGUAUGUUUAUUCUCC